CUGCCUAUUACUUGCCGAGGCACCUUGCUCCUGGUCCUACGUACCCCCAUCUCUACCCGCCCUACCUCAUCCGUGGCUACCCGGACACUGCCGCCAUGGAGAACAGACAGACCAUCAUCAACGACUACAUCACCUCCCAACAGAUGCACCACAACGCUGCCACUGCUACUACCAUGGCGCAGAGAGUUGAUCUCCUCCGUGGCUUGUCUCCACGAGAGCCUUCCAUGGCUCUCAACUAUGCAGCAGGGAUAAUUGACCUGUCUCAAGUACCACACCUCCCUGUGCUCGUGCCCCCCACCCCGGGCGCCUCUGCAGCCUCCAUGGACCGGAUCACCUACAUGCACAGCGCUGCCCAGCCUUUUAGCGGCCGACACAGUAGCUCACCCCUGUCUCCAGGUACCCCUGCACAUUUACCCAAGACGGGACCCCCGGUUUCCGAACGGGAGCAAGAACGGGACCGUGAAAAGGAACGCAAGAAAUCGGUUGUGACCAGCACAGCCACGGUGGAGCACGCGCCCAUCUGGAGGCCAGGCACCGAGCACAGCAGCGGCCGUACAUCCGCACACUCUCACAAACACUCCCCGGUUUCCCCUCGCGCACAGGAGAACGUUCAGCAGCGGCCCAGUGUGUUACACAACACCAACAUGAAGAUCAUCUCCCCAGAAGGCCUCACUUCCUCCGUCUUGCG